AUGUCCGCAGAACCCCUCCUCCGCAUAACAGUCCUCGCGCACCGCAACCGCAACCUCACCGAAGAACAGUUCCACGCCCACUGGACCACCCGCCACGCGCCCCUUGUCGCGUCCUGGCUGCAGCGCCACGGCGUGGUGAAAUACACCCAAUACCACACUCCCACCGCGCACAAGCAGCUCACGUCCCAGCCCACGCUGUCCUACGACGGCACGGCGGAUUUCUACGUGCGGAAAUACGAGGACUUUCAAAAGGCGUACGAGGAUCCGUAUUACCAAGAUGUGGUCAAGCCGGACGAGGAGUUUCUGUUCGAGGUCGCGAGUAUGCGGGUGCUGGUUGGGACGGAGACGUGUGUGAUCGAGGGCGGGGAGAUUGUGGGUGGGCGCGGAGAGGAGGGGUGA